GUCAUCUAAUUGUGGCGUGUGAUUCAUUUUAGGUUCCUUAAAAAUCACUAUUCGUAUCAAUAUAUAUUAUUUUCAAAGAAGCCAUUCUACGUGGGGACAUGCGAAUCAAUGACUUUUAUUAUCUCUAGUAGGACUUCAGUCUUAUCUUUAUUGAGGGCUCUCUUGAAAUACACUUAGGCCAGUGCUCUAUUACACGGUUAUGUCUUCUACUUCCACAUGCUAAAAUGCCUAAUAAUACUGAAAAGAACUAUCCCAAUGGGGAUACGAAGGAGCCAUUCUUAAAUGGUGAAGAUGAAAUCAAAGGAGGAGUUAUCUACAAAGGCGGGAAAGUUCAUGAUACUAAAAAUGGGAUUGUUGAUGAGGACCCCGCAGAUGAGGCGCUCUUCACUAAAGUACAGAAAUUCAGUGUUACUGACCCAGAGGAAACUCCCGAACGGAAGAAAAAGUUAUUCAGAUAUAAUUUAAUCAAAACCAUUUGUCUUCUGUUAGCAUGGGUCGCAAAUGCAGAAAAACAUUGCCCGGAGCAGAGAAAUAUUGUCCCGCAUGACCAAAACACAGACACCAUGAAAUGGCUGAAGUUUAUCUUCCAGGGAAUGAUGUGGAGCGUGAAGGUGCCAACAAUUCCUGACCUUAAGGAACGUACUGGGACAGACUACAACGAAAUAGGAAUAGCCGUCUCCCUCAGGGCCAUGGGUUGGAUAAUGGCGUCCCCAAUAGCCGGUUACAUAUUUGACAGGUUCCCAAGAUUUCGUGACAUGCAGUUAGCAACCGGCUUCAUUUUAGAAGCGAUAUCCGUCAUACUAAAACCUUGGGCCUCCAACUUCCAAGGGCUCACGUUUCUCUACUGGAUGGAGGGCUUUGCACACGGUCUUUACGGUCUCGUGGGGAACGCAAUGAUAAUUGACAUGUGGCAAGAAGAUACAUCUCCACCUUUGCACGCCAUGCAUUUCGGCUGGGGAUUCGGCGCUUUUAUCGCCCCGAUGAUUGCACGACCUUUCCUUGGUACUAGACCCGAAGAUGAAGAGGCUUACAACUCAACCAACUUCUACAACUCCUCCCAAAUCAAUGCCUCAACCGCUACAAGUUGGAUGAAUGUACUUACUGAUGUACAAAACGUUACUGUAAUACCAACUGAUAUUAGAGUCAACAAUUCUCACAUUGAAGUGCCAUACAUUGUGAUAGGCUGCUAUGGAAUCUUCAUUGGGAUUCUUUUUCUAGCCUAUCAAUACUUAAUCCCAAAACCAAAGCUUCAAAAAGCUUCACAAGCAGUGAAGAAAUCUUGGCGGGAAGUGAUUUCUCCGAAACAGUGCACUCAAGGACAAACAUCAUUCGGACUCAUCAUGUUAUUUCUGGGAUUCCUUUUUUAUUCGGGUGUGGAUGCCCAACUGGCUGUUAUAGGAACUUACUCGUCAGCGAUAGCAUACGAAGAUUUAAACUUUAGCAAGCAAAAAGCUGCUCUACUUGCCGCUACUGCAAGCGCUUCGUCCAUAGGGUUCCGCUUUAUUACGAUGAUUAUCACCAAAUGGUGCCCAAUGUGGAUACUGAUUUAUUUUGAACUGUUUACAGCUUUUGCUAUGUCAGUUUGCUUGGUGACUGUUGGUCUUAGUGACCCAGUUCUUUAUUGGGUGUUUACAUGUGUCUUACUGUCUGUUACAUCACCUCUUUGGCCUGGUAUGAUGGCGUGGGCAGAGCCUUAUAUGGAAGUUACCGGAAGUGUAGUUGCAUUGUGGGGAAUGGGGGCUGGCAUAACCGGCUUUGGAUUGGACAUUAUUUCUGGUUGGGUAUUCCAAAAUCUUGGUUCGCAGGCCUCUAUGGUGCAGACUUGUAUUUGCUCAUCAUUCAUGAUAGCACUCAUAAUUGUCAUCAAGCUGGUCAUGUUGAAAUAUGGAGAAAAAGAUAGGGGCGCUUCAAAACAAAAAAAUAACCACGCUUGAUAUAACAAUAGAGGUUUGCUUUUUGCGAAUACUGGGUACAAAAGUGAAUCAGUUUUGAAUUGAUGUGCAAUACUAUACGUCAAAUAUUUCAGUCAACUUAUUAACAUCUGUGAAAAUGUUUGAUAUUUAGAUUUUCUCAGCUAUGAUAUACGCAUUGGCUGAUUUUGUUAUCGCCUCAAGCCAAUGGUAUUGUAUGUAAAACUACUUCAAAACAAAUUGAUAUUAAAAUUUGUGCAUAUUAUAUAGAUUAUAAUACUCUGAUCAUUAUAAAUUACUAUUUGUAUCUUAAGACAUCAUGAUAAACCAUGACAUCUCAUUUCUUUUCAGCCCUGAGAUG